AUGAUGAGAAUUGUUGCAGGAUCAUUGAAUUCUAGCCUUGAGCUAGGAAUAGAAUGGGAGAAAGCCCGUAAAAUACAAGAAAAGAUGAAGAAAAACCUUACGAUGGCAAAGGAAAGAUUGAACAUCUUAAUAAGAGAAGCAUCACACCGAUCAUCUCCGAAGCUACUUCAUAAAGCAACCACAGGUGUAUCAUCUAAGAAUAGCAAUAGAACUAGGAGUCCUGCUAGAACUCUACCUCAUUUACCAAGAUCAGAUUCACUUCCAGAGUCUUCUGUUCCAUCACAACCCAAGGUCAAAGGUCACACCUCAACAGGAAAGAAGGAUCUCCGAUCACCAACCAGAUCAGUUCCCCCUGUCAAGGAUAUCAAGCACACUAUAUCAAGAUUGAAGAAUGUGGAUUCUAAGCUUGCUAAUAGAAUAUUAGAUGAGAUCUUAGACAGUGGACCUAAGGUUACAUUUAAUGAUAUUGCUGGACAGCAGGCAGCAAAACAAGCCCUUCAAGAGAUAGUGAUCCUACCAGCUUUAAGACCAGAACUCUUCACAGGCCUCAGGGAACCUGCAAGAGGUCUACUGCUCUUUGGACCACCAGGGAAUGGCAAGACAAUGCUGGCCAAGGCAGUUGCUAAUGAAUCUAAUGCAACGUUCUUCAACAUUAGUGCUGCAACACUAACAUCCAAAUAUGUAGGAGAAGGGGAGAAACUUGUGAGAGCACUCUUUGCAACAGCCAGGGAAUUACAACCCUCUGUCAUAUUUAUGGAUGAAAUUGAUUCUUUACUGACUGAGAGAAGAGAAGGAGAACAUGAUGCAAGCAGAAGAUUAAAAACAGAAUUCUUGGUGGAGUUUGAUGGUGUGAAAGCAGAUGGGAGUGAGAGAAUCUUGGUGAUGGGAGCAACGAAUCGACCUCAAGAACUUGAUGAUGCUGUUCUUAGAAGAUUGGUGAAAAGAGUUUAUGUCCAAAUGCCUGACCAAAAUGCUCGGAAAGAAUUGGUCAAGCAGUUGCUGAAGAAAAAUAAUAACCCAUUGACUGAUGGAGAUCUUACAAGAUUAGCAGAGUUUACAAAAGGAUACUCAGGAAGUGAUCUUAACGCCUUGGCUAAAGAUGCUGCUCUAGGACCUAUCAGAGAACUUGGACUAAAUGGUGUCAAGUCAACCAGUGCAGAACAGGUACGAAGCAUCACAUUGUCAGAUUUCUAUGAUUCACUGAAGAGGAUACGGCGGAGUGUACCUCAAGAUUCUAUUAAUCUCUAUGAAGACUGGAACAAGAAUUAUGGAGAUAUCUCAUCAUAUUAAACUAUGCCCUUUGAAGAAUACUAGCAUUGACCUCUUAGUUACUGAAAUCAUGAUUGUUAACUCAACAAGGGUAUUCACUUUGAGAAUGGACUUGGUGAAUACAAACACAGAGCAUCUCCGAAAUUGAUUUUGACAAAUACCUUGUUGUCAACAAGUUUGUUUUAAUAUGAAAUACAUAUGCCCAUAUCCUGAACUCUGGUUUAACUUUAACCAUGGUGUAGGUCUAUGGUUUAACUUGUGAUAUCCAAAUGUGACACAAAUCUCCAUACGGUGGGGGGUUAAUUUGUUUUCAUAUUUGCUUUUCCAUAAAAUCUGUUUGGAAAUGGUUACCUCUUUUUUUUUCACCAUUAAAGCAUAAGAAGAGAGCCUUGUAAACAUAAGAAGCCUACAGUGUAAACAAUUUUUGACAUCAUUUAGCUUCCUAUAAUUUUAGCCCAGACUGACCAUGGUUCAAGUUCAACCAGAAUCAAGAAUGUUGUCAUAGGCUUUAUUAUUUUUUUGCAAGAACUAUUUAUUUGUGCUCAGAAAAGAGAAAACUCUCUUAAAUUAAAAAAAAAACCUGUACUAGAUCUUUUUGAAAUACAUGUUUUUACCUUUUAAUGCAUGGAUCUGCUUUGUUAUCAGAUAUUAAGAAGUGAAAUUUCAUUUAGAAUUUGUACCUUUAAUUCCUUUAUCAGAGUCCAGGUAUUGAAUUUGAAGUUUUGGGGUAAAACAGAUCUACCAUUUAUCAGAUAUUAAUGCAUUGCUGUAAUGCUUACUCCUCCAAUCAGUUAUAUCGGGAGGAGAGACCUGCGGGUCAUAGUGAUUCAGUUCGCAUUUCGCCUCCCAGGCACAGGUGACGCCAAACAAAAUAAUAAAAAAUAAUAAUAUUAGAUUAGAUGUAAUUACCAUGAAUAGUCUAUUGGCUUUUAGUUAAAUGUUAAAUGUGCUAAUUUUGUGUGUGAUCAUACUAAAAUAUUGAAUUUUGUGGCUUGGCCAUGUCUAUGUCAUUCAAAAACAAUUUUCAUGGAUUUAAGUUUGGUUGUUUUUAUUUUGCCAGUUAGGCCCGUUUACCAAGUAAUUUAAAUUGAUGGAUAUUAUUUUCCUUAGAACAUGAGAUGUUCCUUUACAAAGCUUAUUACGAUCCAGAUUGCAUACACUACUUGUUGCCAUGUGUGGUAAGCUUUUAGCAAGCUUUUGAGGUUGUCCCAAGUAAUCUCUUAAAGACUUUCAGUAUGCAUACAAUUUUAAUAUAUUAGUAAACAGAUCUAUUAGCCUGUCAACUGAUGGGACAUACAAGAAAAUAAUUUUUGUGAUAAAUAUGUUCUACUUCAUUUUGCACUAUUUUAUACUGAUUUAGCCCCCCCCCCCCUCCCUCAAAUUCACAAAUAUUGAUUGUAAAAAAUCUAUCUUCAGAGGAUUACUCAACAAGUUUACUAUGCAUGGUUGUUACAAAAUGCAUUGAUACUACGUUGGAGCCCUAAAACCUGCAAUGAUGUUUAAAAGUGUCGAGAGUGGUCAAGAUCUAUUGGACAAAAUCUUCUGCAUUACAUCAAUAUAACAAAAGUGAUUUGUUCAAAUAAUUGCAUACCAUUAUAGAUACUUGUACAUUCAUUGAUUAGUAAUUAUUUCAAAUUGAAAGAUUUGAUGAAAUAUCUGUUAUCAGGUGUCUAUAUGUCUUGCUAUAGUCUGCUGCAGCGAUCUUGCAUUUGUUUAUUCACUAGUCCCGAUUGUAACAAAAAUGAGUUUUAGUCUGUGUGAUAUUUUGGUAGUAGUCACUGUGAUGUGCCACACAUAUGAUCUUGCAUUCACUGUCAUUGAUGGAUUUAUGUACAAAUAUGAAUCUUGAAAGCCUUUUAUACAUCCUUGCAGCCAUGUAGUAUUUUAGACAAACUUGAAAGCAUUUUCAAUACUGAAGUAUGAUCCUCAAGUAAUGUGAAAGAAAACCUUGUGCCUUGUCUUGUGAAUACAAUUUUGUACAUAUAGCAUAGAAAAUUAUGUACUUGUACAGUAUGUUUGAGGAAAAAUAGUAGAAAAGUGAGUUAUUGACUUCAAAGCACCUAAUACAAAAAGUUGUAGUCUAUGUACCAUUGAUGGAUUAAUUUAAGCUAGCAUUGGUUAUUAAUUUCUUUUGAUAUUUAUAUUAUCUGUCUUAUAUAGAUAUUUGUCAUUGUGUUAAACUCUGCAACCACCUGUUCUAUAUUUCUUGUCUUCAGUACGUGGUGUAUAUGUUAUUUGUACGAAAUAUAAAGAGCAAUUGAUUUCAGAAAUAAAAUGUUUUAUACUGAAAAACA